GAAGGCGCAGCAUAUUUACUCGAAAAGUGCUACAACGCUUUUACGUUAUCGCGAAAGAUGUUAGAAAGGCUUGCUGCAAUCUUUAAUGCCACUGUCCAAUGGCCGCACCACGACCGCCACCGCAAGACCUGGAAGACUAUUCCGCUGCAGCAACCCUCAUCCCCUUCCGCCGUCCAGUUCCCCUUCUCCGUCGACCCAUCAAAGCCGGCACACCAGACAAUCCAUCUUCCGGUCCAUAUCUCCUGGCAUUCGAGGAUCCCCAAUCCUGGGCCGCCGCGUACAAGGCGUGCGAGGCUCGAAUAAUCGAACAAUGCGAAUCAGGUGCCCGCGUCGGGUGCUCCAUUUCCGCUUCCAGCAAAUGCAAACCCCCCUGGUGGAAGGAGAUUUUAGGCCUAGCUAAACAGGACUUUAGUGAAAGAGCAAAAUGCGAGGAGCUCGAAAUGGAAGCAUGUUUUGAAUCUGCAAAAGCGAAGUGCGGUGAAUUUGCGAAACAGAAGUGUUUGCCAGCGUUUAAAAAUGCUAGGAUUAAAGUGAAUGGGUGGAAUUCUAAACAGGUGGAUUGGAAGGAGGUUUCAAAAUUGAUUUCUGGGGUGUGUUUUGUGAAUAAUGAAAGUUUUGGGGUUGGGUGUCUUGGUUUUGACAAGUCUUGGGGUGAAUUUAGAUGUAAAUUUGAGGUGACUAAUAUUAAAGGGAGUGAUUUACUGGGUUCUAACGACACGGGCAUUGGCGAUUAUUUGAGAAAUUGUAGUGGAAAAAGAUUUAUGAAUAAAUUUGGUUUUGGAAGGACGUGGAAAAGACGAAAUUUGAAUUGAACCCUCCGAGAAGCUGGAAUUUUGGAUGCAAUACAAAAGGUAAGAUAUACGUUUCUUAACUCUAGAAUUUUGUUAUAUGAAUCUGUAAUAUCACUAUUAUUUCAUAAUAUCUACUUUUAUCUAGCUGGUGUUAUGAUGUAAAAAAUUCAGUGAUGGUGCAUUUACAAAAUCUAAGCUUAAUACA